UGGAGGCCGCACAGUGCUGCUUGAGACGGCGACCAGGAUGCACGCUCUGUGGCUGCUCGCGACGCUAUCCGCGCUGCUGUGUGGGACAGCGCAUGCGCAGUGGAACCUCCCGUCAAGACGAGUCGGCAUCGGAUCCUCUUGCGCACUGAAUGAUGGAAGACAAGGUGUAUGUAAGAAGUUUGAACAGUGCCGAGAGGCCAUUGAGGAACUACGGAAGGGGAUCCAGCCUACAACCUGCUUCUUUGAUGGUUUUGUGGGUGUCCCAUGUUGUCCAGUGAAAGGACUGUCAACUCCGUCAACACCUGAAACUCCUCCCAGAGUGACAACACCAUCGAGACCCAUACCAACUCCAACUCGACAGCCAACACAAGGACAGCCAUCUUCAUGCCACGAUCCUAUAGAAGACUGGUCACCAAGUCCUGCAGAGGAACGCUCACUACUUCAGCUUGCACAGCAGAAGUGUGUUGAGUAUCGGCAACAUGUUUACCAGUUGGUGCCGGACCCAAUUCUCAUAGAUAAUCCAGGACUCCUCAACCUGUCAACGUGUGGUAUGGACAGAGAACCACUCAUUGUUGGAGGUGUUCCAGCUUCUCCACGAGAAUUUCCACAUAUGGCUGUUAUAGGUUAUGGUGAUGGGAAGACAAGCUGGCAAUGUGGUGGAAGUCUUAUUAGUAGCAGACACAUCCUUACUGCUGCUCAUUGCGUGACGUCUCCUAGUGCGGGGUGUGCUAGGCGAGUACUUCUUGGAGCCUUGUUGUUGAAUGAAACAAAUACUAAUACAGAGCCCCAGGAGUUUAAUAUUGUACGUCGGAUACGCCAUCCAAGAUACAAUCCGCCCAAACGCUAUAAUGACAUUGCCAUCUUUGAGCUGGACCGUGAUGUUUCGUUUACUGGUUUUGUAAGGCCUGCAUGUCUGUAUGACACUUUUGCCCCUCCAACGUCUGAUAAGGGCAUUGCCACAGGAUUUGGUCGUCAGGAUUGGCUUGAUAGAGAAGGCAGCAAUGAGCUCAUGAAAGUGACAUUGCCAUUUCAACCCUUCUCUGAGUGUAAUGGGACAUACAGAGCAAACUUCAGGCUUCCAAAUGGCAUAGAUGAUAAUGGUAUGCUUUGUGCUGGUGAUCCAAGGGGAAGCAAGGAUACAUGUCAGGGCGAUUCAGGUGGACCACUGCAGGUACGAGACAUUGAACACUGCAUGUACAAGAUAAUUGGAGUCACAUCAUUUGGGAGUUCAGUAUGUGGAGCUGAAAAUACACCUGCAAUAUACACAAGGGUUUCCAGUUAUGUUCCAUGGAUAGCAAAGAUUGUUUGGACUUGAUUAGUUUUAACUUUUGUACUGCUAAUUCAUUGUAAAAAAAACUCAUCACAUAUGAACGAAAACCUAAUAUUUUAUUAUUUGUUUCAUGUAAUAUGUAUUUAAGUGUAAAGUUAAUUUUUCAAAAGACUGAAUAUCAGUUGAUUAUUGCUCAAAUGUGAAUGCAUGUUAUGUAGAAUCAUUGUCAAGUAAUAUGAUGAAACUUCCUAGCAAAUUAAAACUGUGUGUCAGAUUGGCACUCCAACUUGGAACCUUGCCUUUCACAAACAGUGUUCUUGGAGUUUAGAUACAGAUAGAAAUAGAGCUGUAGGCUUGGGUCACCAGUCAUGACUGGACAGCUCAGUUGGCCAGAGAACUGCCCAGGAAACGCCAGGUUUCAAAUUAAAGCCCCAAUUCAGCAUGCAGUUUCAAUCUUUCAGGAAGUGUUAAAACAGUACACACUCUGUUGCAGAGUGAAAUAUUGUUUCUGGAAGGCAUGUAUAAUUUUUAUUGACUUGGUGCAAAAAACAAAGUCAUGAUUAAUUCUUCUUAGGCCAACACCUGCAUAAAGUUUUUCAUGCGCUAUAACAGCCUGAGUCUUUUUACUUAUCACUUUCAUUGGUGUAUAUGUGGAUAAUUAUUUCAUGUGGCCUUAAACUAAUCCUUGAUCAGUUGUAUAUUACUUACUUUUUGUCUGGUUUUAGUCUUAGAAAUUUUCCCAUGUCUAAUGAAUUCAUUUAUUGAUGAGGAUACUGAUGUCUCUGCUGUUGUUGUAAUUCAUUUCCUGUGAGCUGAACAUUGUGUGGUGUCUUUGUCAACAAGAAAUUGUUCUAUACUAGGGAGCAGUGAAACUAAUGACUGGAUGGGCAAAUAUAGAAGGUACCCACUCCACCUUUUCCGCACACUUCCCUCACUAGUGUUACUCUUUAGGGCUCAGUCGUUAGAAUUUUCGGUUUUUGUGUUUAAAACCAAAUUUGGCAGACUAUUGGAAAGGUUUGCUGGUGGCAGCAUAAAUGGACAGUGCUGAUAUAUCAAUCCUGUUAAUGAGAAGUGCCCAUUCAGUAGCUAUUGAUUCCUAUGAUGCUACCCGGACUGUACCUGUGGCAGAUAUGAUACAGUGAGAAAUGUGUGCUUAGACAUGAACCAAGUAAAGCUGCCACUUUUGCUGCUCCAUAGUAUAAUGUUUAUGUACAGCUUUCAGCUAAUCUGUCACAUGGAAAACAAGCUCGGAAAGACUAAUGAGAGUGCUUAACAGUAAAAAUAAAAUUCCAUAAUCAUUUGUUAAAUUUGAUGUGUAGUAGCACUAAUUUAUAUAGUUAUGACUGGUACUUAGCUGUCUAGGAGAUUGUGGAAAUAUGUUACUGUAAAGACAUAAUUUAAAUUAAUUUACUUUCCUAUUUAAAUGAAAUAAAAAUGUAUUUUUAUGAUAAAAUACAA